AUGUCUGACCUAGACAGACAAAUUGAACAGCUGAAACGAUGCGAACCUCUGAAGGAAUCUGAAGUGAAAGCUCUCUGCCUCAAAGCCAUUGAAAUCCUUGUCGAAGAAAGCAAUGUUCAAAGGGUCGACGCUCCUGUCACUAUAUGUGGGGAUAUUCAUGGACAGUUUUAUGAUAUGAAAGAGCUUUUUAAAGUAGGAGGUGAUUGCCCCAAAACUAACUAUUUGUUCCUUGGGGAUUUUGUUGAUAGAGGCUUUUACUCCGUCGAAACGUUUCUGCUCUUGCUCGCUCUCAAGGUGAGGUAUCCAGAUCGAAUAACACUCAUUAGGGGAAACCAUGAAAGUCGUCAGAUCACACAGGUAUACGGUUUCUAUGACGAAUGCCUUCGGAAAUAUGGUUCAGUAAAUGUUUGGAGAUAUUGUACUGACAUAUUCGAUUACUUAAGCUUGUCUGCUCUAAUUGAAAACAAGAUUUUCAGUGUUCAUGGUGGCCUCUCUCCUGCCAUCACAACAUUGGAUCAGAUACGAACUAUUGAUAGAAAGCAAGAGGUACCUCAUGACGGUGCCAUGUGUGACCUCCUAUGGUCAGAUCCUGAAGAUAUUGUGGAUGGAUGGGGUCUGAGUCCCCGUGGUGCUGGUUUCUUGUUUGGCGGUAGUGUUGUUUCUUCGUUUAACCACACCAAUAACAUUGACUAUAUUUGCCGAGCUCAUCAGUUGGUAAUGGAAGGAUAUAAAUGGAUGUUCAAUAACCAGAUAGUUACUGUUUGGUCAGCUCCAAAUUAUUGCUACAGAUGUGGUAAUGUAGCUGCAAUUUUGGAAUUAGAUGGCAAUCUUAAUAAGCAGUUUCGUGUGUUUGAGGCUGCACCACAGGACUCAAGAGGCGCACCUGCCAAGAAACCAGCGCCAGAUUACUUCUUAUAA